AUGAGAUUAAUAGGAAAGAGGACUAAAGAUGCCAGGACUUAUGCGUUACCAACUACUUCCGAGGUUGCUGCACUCAUUGUUGGAGAUAUAGACCCUUACAUGGGUCAACGGGAUAUUGUUGUCGAGUGUAGGUCUGGAGCACUGAAACGAAUAAAUGAAUUAAACCCGGCCUAUUUACCAUUGCAAUACCCAAUCUUAUUUCCAUAUGGGGAGGAUGGUUUUCGAGAAAUACUUUUUGCAACACUCGGUACAAAACGAGAUUUUUCAAGAAAGAGUGUUUCACAAAGAGAGUACUUCGCGUUCCGUAUACACGAAAGAUCAAAUGAGAUCUCAACAAUAAUGUAUGCCAGAAGGUCAAAUCAAAAAGCACUGAGGUGUGAGGCGUACAAAGGUUUGUCUGAUGCGUUGACUCGCGGUGAAGUUCAGCCCAGUUCUCAAGAGAUACAACGAUUCUUGGAGAAAAGAAACUUGAAAGCUGAAGAUCGUCCCGACAUUGUCUGUCGUGUUUUCAAACUGAAGCUAGACUGUUUAAUUAAAGAAAUAAAGAAUGGAAAACUAUUUGGUCGGGUAAAGGCAGUAAUAUACACAAUUGAAUUUCAAAAACGUGGUCUGCCGCAUGCGCAUAUAUUAUUGUUCCUACAAGCGACCAACGACUUUGCCAACCCGGCUUUUAUGGACACGAUCAUUUCAGCCGAGAUUCCCGACAAGCGUUCAGACAUUGAGUAUUACAAAGCUGUCGAAGAAUUCAUGCUCCACGGCCCAUGCGGUGCUGCAAGGACUAAAUCCCCGUGCAUGGCAAAUGGCAAGUGUACAAAGCAUUUUCCAAAAAGAUACAUUGAUGCAUCACAUUUUGACCAAGAUGGUUACCCGUUGUAUCGAAGAAGGGAUGAUAAGAGGACAAUAAAAAAGAAUGGAAUAGAGUUGGAUAAUAGAUAUGUUGUACCACAUAAUAGGUACUUGCUUUUGAAAUACAAAUCUCACAUUAAUGUAGAGUGGUGUAACCAAUCUAGGUCAAUCAAGUACCUCUUCAAUUACGUAAACAAGGGCAAUGACCGUGUAACUGCUGAGUUUUAUAAGACUUCGAUGGACGAAGCGGGUAAUGAGAUUGUGGAUGAGAUAAACAUGUACUAUGAUUGCAGAUACGUAUCUGCAUGCGAAGCAGCCUGGAGAUUGUUUAGUUUAGAAUUCCAGUAUAGGACACCCCCGGUUGAGCGAUUAAGCUUCCACUUGCCGGAUUGCCAAUCAGUUGUUUUCCAAGACGAUGAUAGCAUUGAUAAUGUACUAAAUAGAGAAACCGUUGGUCAAAGUAUGUUUAAUGCAUGGUUUUUAGCCAACCAGAAUUUCAAAGAAGCGAGUUUGUUGAAUUACAUUGAGAUGCCUACCAAAUUUGUUUGGAAAAAAGACAUCCGUGAAUGGCAUCCAAGAAAGACAAAUAGAUCCUCAAUUGGUCGAAUAUUCUAUGUACCUCCAGCUUCAGGUGAAAUAUAUUAUUUGAGAUGUCUACUGAACAUAGUCCGUGGUCCAAAAAGUUUCAAAGAUAUCAGAACAGUUAACGGUGUUGAGUACUUGACCUUUAGAGAUGCGUGUUAUGCGCAGGGACUGCUAGACGACGAUAAAGAGUACGUUGAUGCUAUAAAUCAGGCAAGCUACUGGUCAACUACAUACUCAUUGAGGAAGCUAUUUGUUGUUUUACUAACAUCAUCCUCAAUUAUUAGACCCGAAAAUGUUUGGAAUCAAGUUUGGGAACAUCUGUGUGAAGAUGCUCAACACUAUCAAAGAAGAAUAUUAAAACAACAAGAUUUGGUCUUAACAGAGGAAGAGAAAAAGAACUUUGGAUUAUUGGAAUUGGAAAACCUGUUGGGGCAACAGAACAAGUCUUUAAAAGACUUUCCUCCGAUGCCCACGCCAAGUACCGAUAAUACAAGGUUGUUUCAAAAUCGAUUGGUGUUUGAAGAACUGAAUUACAAUUCAGAACAAUUGAAGACAGAUUCUGAAAAGAUGUGUUGCAAACUAACAGAAGAACAAAGUCUCAUUUUUUAUACUAUUAUGCAAGAUAUUGCAACCAAUAAAGGUGGAUUAUUUUUUGUAUAUGGAUACGGUGGGACAGGAAAGACUUUUUUAUGGAGAGCGUUGUCCGCUUCAGUUCGGUGCAAAGGACAGAUCGUUUCAAAUGUCGCAUCAAGUGGCAUAGCUUCUUUGUUGUUACCAGGUGGCCGAACAGCCCACUCUAGAUUUGCAAUACCUAUUGCAAUAAAUGAGGACUCUACGUGUAACAUUAAACAGGGUAGCGACUUGGCUGAAUUGUUGAUAAAAACGAGUUUGAUAAUUUGGCACGAAGCUCCAAUGAUGCACAAACAUUGCUUUGAAGCGUUAGAUCGAACCAUGAGAGAUUUAUUGCGCUUUGUUGACCCUAACAGUGAAAUGAAGGCGUUUGGUGGUAAAACAGUGGUACUCGGUGGAGAUUUCUGCCAAAUUCUGCCAGUAGUUCCAAAAGGUACACGUCAAGACAUUGUUUCGUCCGCUAUAAAUGCAUCAUAUUUAUGGGAUAGUUGCAAAGUUUUGAGAUUGACGAAAAACCUAAGGCUAAGUUCGGUUAACAAUGGUGUGAACCGGCAGGCAUUAACAGAGUUUGCUAACUGGAUUGCCAAUAUCGGCGAUGGGAAGCUGGUUGGAAACACUGACCCCGAGCAUCUGAUAGGUCGUGCUAUACUUGCACCAACGCUGGACGUAGUCAACGCAGUAAAUGAAUAUAUGACUGAGCUGCAUGAUGCCGAAAAUAGGAUCUACUAUAGUUCAGACGCAGUAUGCAAAACCGACGGUGAUAAUGGCAUACUUGGAGAUGUACACACCCCGGAAUUCCUAAACAGCAUCCGUGUGUCGGGUCUACCAAAUCAUACAUUGAAUUUGAAAAUUGGGUCACCAGUAAUGCUAAUGAGAAAUAUUGACCAUUCUCUUGGGUUGUGCAAUGGAACUCGGUUGAUAAUCACAAAGUUAGCAGACCAUGUUAUUGAAGGCGAGCUUCUCACUGGCCCCAACAAAGGUACAAAAGUGUUAAUACCCCGAAUGUCAAUGUCAUCCUCGGAUCCAAGAUUGCCGUUCAAGUUUCAACGAAGGCAAUUCCCGUUGAUGCUUUCAUAUGCGAUGACAAUAAACAAAAGUCAAGGCCAAACGUUGAGUCAUGUAGGGUUAAUACUAAAGAAACCGGUUUUUGUACACGGUCAGUUGUACGUAGCUGCAUCUCGCGUUAAUAAUCCAGAUGGUUUGAAAAUACUGAUUGUAAAUGACUCAAGUGCAACUACUACAUCAACCACUAAUGUUGUAGUCGAGUAUUGGAGCUCAAAGGGUGGAGGAGUUGUUGCCGAGAAGGCUUCCAUUCCAGGACCAAGGCUAAUUCGCUCUAUUGAGCUUGAUUCAAAACUUGAGCAGGUUUAUGCGAUAGACUUUGGCCUUGCUAAAAAGUAUAAGGAUCUCCAGACUCAUAAGCAUAUACCAUACAGGUCUGAUGCUAUAUUACUCUUUAAUGCUAAUGAUCAGAAAUUGCAGAAUUUGAGUCUAAGCAGACGUUGUUUGUUGAUACUCUAG